UUUUUUUUUUUUCUGUUUCAGAUCUGUUUUACGCAUUAAGAACAGAGAAAAUAAUCAUUCAAGAAAAGACUUUCUAGUUGUGAAUCAUUUUAUGUGGUUGUGUUCCAUAAAGUCAUUAGUAAAUACUAUGUCAAUCAAAGAUUUUAAUUGUGGUUUGUGAUAUUUUAGAUUAGCUUAAAUGAAGCGACAUGGACAGUGAAUAUUUGUAUAUGGUUUAGUAGUUUUCUUUGUUUUCGCUUAAACAGAUAAAACGAAAUUACUUAACGUUCUUUUUAUUUUCGCUGAAAUUUGAACAUGAGACAUCGUGAUUGUAUGGGUGCUUAUUUGUUGUUUCUAAAGUCAUUUUCUAUGUGUAUUUUAGUGUCAUUUUCUUUAUAUUGCUGUUAUACAGUAUAAACAACUUGAGUAGAGAUGAAGUAAAAGGAAAAAAAGAAAAGAAUUGGAUAUAUAUGAGUUAAAUAAUUGUAGUUAUUAUUUUUGGGUUGAAUUUUAAUUUUUUUUCUCUUUUUCUGUUUUUGGCUUGUUGCUCUUUUAUUUGUAUAUUUGGUUGGUGGUAGUGGAGGUUGUUUCUAUAUGGAGUUCCUUUGAAGGGAUUGUAUGUUUUACUUAAUUUGGUUUCUAAUUUGGAUGUGGAUUGCAAUUUGCAAAUCCAUUAUGUAACUAUAUUGUUUUUUUCUGUAGUUUUAUACUUUUGCAUAUGCACAUUUUAAUCAAUUUUUUUUUCUAAAUCAAGAAAUCUUCUCAACUAUUUCAGGUAUUGCUAAGAGGAAAUUAAUAUUAUGCAGACACCAAAAUCAAGGAAUGUUACGGUGGAGGUGCCACAAAGGAUAUCUCCUGCAGCACCAAAGACAGCUCGAAAGCUCAAAACUCCAGGAUCAGAUGCAGCUACCAGGACACCUAAAGAGAGGAGUCCUAAAGUUGUUGUUCGUCGUUCUCCACGUAGUCCAGCUUUAGAGAAGAAGCAUUCGACCCGAGAUUCUGACUUGGAAACUCAACUUGCUCAACUUCAAGAGGAGCUGAAGAAGGUAAAGGAUCAGCUCAGUUCAUCUGAAUCAUUAAAAAGACGGGCUCAACUAGAGGCAGAGGAAGCGAAGAAGCAGCUAACAGUUAUGUCGGAGCAGCUUGAGGAAUCUGAGAAACAACUACUUGAACUCUCGGAUUCUGAGGAAGCUCGAAUCCUGGAGCUACGCAAGCUAUCACAGGAACGAGACAGAGCAUGGGAAUCUGAACUUGAGGCUGUCCAGAAGCAGCGCGAAUUCGACUCUGCUACUUUAGGUUCUGCUAUGAAUGAAAUCCAGAAGCUUAAAAUUCAGCUGGACCGUGUGGCUGAUUCUGAAGCCAAUCAAGCUCGACAUGCUGAAUCAGCUUAUGCUGAGAUACAAAGCUUAAGGUUAGAACUUAUGGAAACACUUGCAUUGGCCGAAAAAUUGAGAAAUCAACUAAAUGAUAGCAAGGAAUCUGAGGCUUGUGCACUUGAAGAAGUGAGUAAAGCUCAGAUACAGCUGGAAAUGGCAAAGAAGACCGAGGAUACUCUACGUUCUGAAGGUCUGAAAGCAAUGGAGGCUUACAAAUCGUUGUCGUUGGAGUUAGAACAAUCAAAUAACCGAGUAGCUACAUUGGAGGAACUUGUCAGUGAACUCCAAAGUGCUCAAGAUAUUGAGAACAUGAACUCUGCACAAGAAAAUGGAGUUAUUGUUGAAGCCGAGGAACUCAAAACCGAGCUGAGUAGUCUCCAAGUUGAGGUGAGUCAACUAAGAGCUGCGUUAGAGGUUUCGGAGACAAGAUAUCAGGAAGAAUAUAUCCAGAGCACUUUGCAGAUUAGAAGUGCUUAUGAGCUAGUGGAACAAUCAAAAUCCGAAUCAAUACAGAAAGAGGCUGAAUGGGAGGCAAAGUUAGAGGCUACAAAAGCUGACUUGGAAGAGUUGAAGGAGAAAUUAAUGAGCAAAGAAGCUACACUACGAAGCAUUUCAGACGAAAAUAAGCAUUUCAGUACGUUAGAUGCUGUAUUGAAGGAAUCAGAGUCAACCUUGGGAAUAUUGAGAGCAAGUUUACUCGACAAAGAGACGGAGUUGCAAAGUAUAAAGGAGGAAAAUGAGAUACUGAAAUCCGAAAUGAAGAAGAGGGAAACUGAGGCUAGCAAAGCGAAUGAUUCAGCUCUUGCGUUGGUAGAAGCCGCGAGAACUGCAGAAAAAGAGGCACUAGUGAAGUUAGGAUACUUGACUGAGGAAGCGGAUAAUAGUAUUAGAAAGGCAGCACGUGUGACCGAGCAGUUGGAUGCAGCACAGAAUGCCAACUCUGAGAUGGAAGCAGAAUUGAGGAGGUUAAAAGUACAAUCUGAUCAGUGGAGGAAGGCUGCUGAGGCAGCUGCAGCUAUGCUUUCAACUGGAAACAAUGGGAAAUACGCGGAGAGAACAGGUACUUUAGAUUACCACACUAAGAUGGAUUCGCCGUUAUCUGAAGACACAGAUGAUGACUCUCCCAAGAAGAAGAAUGGAAACAUGUUGAAAAAGAUUGGUGUUUUAUUGAAAAAAGGCCAGAAGUAGUAGCAUAUAGUUGCAAGCUGUUUUCGAAUAAUCGUUGUUUGAUUUGCCUGAUGAUAACAGUUUAGUUUAAUUCCAGUUUUUCUGUUAAUAAAUCUACUCUACACCUUAUGAAUCUCAUAGAAGAUUUUUGUAUAGCUAUUUGAAAUUAAGAACACUGUAUGAUCUCAGUUGCCAAAUAUUUGGUAAGCUCUCCAAGGAGAUAUUAAGUGUUGUAAUUUCUUUUGGUUAUAAUUUCAGUUCAUAUGGUAGUUGAUAUAUUUUUGUAUUUUGAACAAAUUCUGCAUAUGUAAUGAAGCAAAGAAACAUGAUUAAGGA